GCGAGAGCAACUGGUGCUCCUAACCCUAGCCAUCACUCCAGCUCCCAUAUUUAGCUUUCGUGUCUCCUGCUAGCGCAGGCUUGCCUAGAUUCUACUGUGCUGGGAAACGGAAGUGUGCUCCCCAGCCUUUAUAAUCCAGUCUCAGAGCCCUCUGUGUAACUCUGGACUCCUCCGGCGGCCUCCGGUGCUCCUCCCAGACUUUGAAACCGCGUCUCUGUGUGACUCAUGAAUGACCUAACUCCUGCGUGGACCGCCUGCCUUUCUGCUGAGAUGCUGGCGCGCCUUCCUUCGCGCCAGUGUCCACGCAUACGCUUACUGCAGAGGUGCAGCGGGCCGGCACCCCACCCGCUUCCCCGCGCGCCCUCAUUCCGCGUGUCCCGCCCCACGCGCUCUCGCCGCCGUUUGACGCGCGCUCCCUGGAGGCGAAGCCCCGCCUCGCUCACCUCCUAUUCUAGCCCCGCUGGCCCCGGCGCCCAUGAUCCCGGGGCACCGCGGACCCUGGUCCGCGCCUCUCUGUCGGCGCCUUGUCCCGGCUGGCCACAGCGGGAUGGGCCUGAGCCCAGCAGCCAGCGGGGAGUACGGGAUCCGCCUUUUCAGGGUCCCAUGGCCAUCACGCCCCAAGCAGAUCUCGAGGACCACAAGUACUGGGUCAAGUGACACCCAAUCUACGAAUGACUCAGCGAGUUCUCAAGCGCUGGUGGUUCAGUUUUUGCCGAAGCUAUCCAAGCAAGACCGCGGAUUACAACAGGCCCGAAGUUUGCGGCGGCAGGGACAGAAGCCAGAAAUUAAUUUGGAGCUCAUACCCAGCAAGAAGAGGACAGAGAUGAUUCCAAGAACAGAUUCAGAGAUCGAAGGCAACCUAAAGAACCAAGCAGCGGAGAGCAAUCAAAAACCCAGACCUGGAGACCUGAUUGAGAUUUUUCGAAUUGGCUAUGAACAUUGGGCCAUCUAUGUGGAAGAUGACUGCGUGGUCCACCUGGCUCCCCCAAGUAAGAGUGGAUGGAUACGCUUCCGAAAUAGUGAUUAG